CCCCGGCCGCCAUCUUGUCGGGGCUGAGGCAGCGCCCGCCGGCCCCGCUCCGUGUGCGCGGCCCGCCUGCCCCGAGCGCCGACCCGCCAUGGCCAACAACAGCCCCGCGGUGGCGAACUGCCAGGGGCAGCAGGUGGCCCAGCACCCGCCCGGCGCCGUCCCGCCCGUGCAGCAGCCGCUGCAGAGCGGGGGGCCCAAGCCGGCGGCCUCGGGCAAGCAGGGCAACGUGCUACCGCUGUGGGGCAACGAAAAGACCAUGAAUCUGAACCCUAUGAUCCUCACCAACAUCCUCUCGUCGCCCUACUUCAAGGUGCAGCUCUACGAACUCAAGACCUACCACGAAGUGGUGGACGAGAUCUAUUUCAAGGUUACACAUGUUGAACCAUGGGAAAAGGGCAGCAGAAAAACAGCAGGCCAGACAGGGAUGUGUGGCGGGGUGCGUGGUGUUGGAACUGGAGGAAUUGUGUCUACUGCUUUUUGUCUGCUCUACAAAUUAUUUACACUGAAGCUCACUCGUAAGCAAGUGAUGGGCCUUAUCACUCAUACAGACUCCCCAUAUAUUAGGGCUCUUGGAUUUAUGUAUAUUAGGUACACACAGCCACCUACAGAUCUAUGGGACUGGUUUGAAUCCUUUCUUGAUGAUGAAGAGGACCUGGAUGUGAAGGCAGGUGGGGGUUGCGUUAUGACCAUUGGGGAGAUGCUUCGUUCCUUCCUGACUAAGCUUGAAUGGUUUUCCACGUUGUUUCCAAGAAUUCCUGUGCCAGUCCAGAAAGCCAUUGACCAGCAAAUUAAAAGCAGACCUAGAAAAAUCAAGAAAGAUGGCAAGGAGGGGAUGGAAGAAAUAGACCGGCAUGCAGAACGUAGACGUUCAAGGUCUCCAAGACCAAGAUCCAUCAGUCCCAGGAGGUCUCCCAGAAGAUCCAGAAGCAGAAGUCACCAUCGGGAAGGCCAUGGAUCAUCUAGUUUUGAUAGAGAACUAGAAAGAGAACGAGAACGGCAGAGAUUAGAACGUGAAGCAAAGGAGAGAGAAAAAGAAAGGCGGAGAUCUCGAAGUACCGAUCGCUCACUAGAACGGAGGAGAAGCAGAAGCAGGGACAGAUACAGAAGCCGGAGUCGAAGUCGUGACAGGAAAGGAGAUAGAAGAGACAGGGAUAGGGAGCGAGAGAAAGAAAAUGAGCGGAGUCGGAAAAAAGAGAGAGAUUAUGAUAAGGAAAGAGGUAGUGAGAGGGAAAAAGAUCGAUCUAGAGAAAGGUCAAAAGAAAGGAAAAGUAAGGGUGACACAGAGGAGAGGAGACACAAGGAUGACAAAGAUGAGAAGAAACACCGCGACGACAAGAGGGAUUCCAAAAAAGAGAGAAAGCAUAGUAGAAGUCGAAGCCGGGAAAGAAAGCAUAGGAGUAGGAGCCGAAGCAGGAACACAGGUAAGCGCAGCAGAAGCAGGAGCAAAGAAAAAUCAAGUAAACAUAAAAAUGAAAAUAAGGAGAAGUCAAAUAAACGAAGUAGAAGCAGAAGCAGAGGAAGAACAGAUAGUGUUGAGAAGUCCAGGAAACGAGAUCAGAGUCCAAGCAAAGAAAAAUCUAGGAAGCGUAGCAGAAGCAAAGAACGUUCCCACAAACAUGAUCACAGUGAUAGCAAGGACCAUUCUGACAAACACGAUCGUCGAAGGAGCCAAAGUACAGAACGAGAGAGCCAAGAAAAGCAACAGAAAAACAAAGAUGAGACUGUGUGAAUUCUUUCAAAAGUGGAUCACAUUGAAUCCUAUAAAUGUUUGAUUAAAUCCUGCUUAUUUUUUCUUAAAGUUGAGAUUGUGCAGUAGUUGAUGAGCACUCUUCUCCAACCUCCCUCUAGGCUGCAGAUUGUCAUUUCCUAUUUUCGGUAGGGAAGUGCCUUUGUAAACCCAUUCAAUGCAUUGACGGUUUCAAACCAUUUGUUUAGUUUAAUUUGUAAUGCCGAGAUUGUUCUUGCAUUUUUAUUGUUCAGAUGUUUCUGAAAUGUACAGUCUGUACAUAUGUCCUGAAAAUGUUUUAAUUCCUUUGGCAUGGUUGCCAUGUUGGUUAAAUUUGUAUGAGGCAAUAAACUGCCACUAAUUAUA